CAUUUUGAAUUUCUUUUAUAUAAAGGUACAUAUAGAGGCCCUGUCAUCUGCUGAUUUAGAGUUCAUUCUGAGCAUGAUGUAUGCAGAUCUGCCUUAUGAAAUUGUUUCAAAGAUGGUCGAGUUCAAUCAGUCUAUCACAUCAGAAAUUCUGGACCAAGGGUUAUGGGGCAUUCGAGGUGGACCAUGGGAACUAAACCUACGUGAUAUGUUCAGAUGGUGUGACAUCAUGAUUAAAUAUCAACCAAAGGAGUCAUACAACCCGGGGCAGUUUGUGGGACUGAUAUAUUCUGAUCGUAUGAGGACCGACGGAGACAAGAAAAAUGUUUUUGAUUUAUAUGAUUCUGUUUUUGGUGAAAAUUACCCAAGUUAUCGAAGCACUGGUAGAUUCCACAUUACCAGGACAACUGUACAAGUUGGCCACUCAAAGCUUAAUAGGAACCAAGAUGGGGAUCAUAGUGAAGAUGAUGAUGGUGAGGACCUCUAUGUGAUGCACCACCAACUGCCUGUUAUGGAGAGUCUAAUAAAUUGUAUCAAUAUGAACUGGAUGUCUAUACUGGUAAGGACAAAUAUUAGGAGAGUAGUGUUAAAAAAUAAGGUUAAGAUAAUCCAAGAGACAUAUGCCCAUUCUUUGCAUUUUCCAUACUAGUAUUGUGUAAAAUUU